GGAGGGCUGGAGAAGAAGGAGGCGGGGGUGGGGUGGGGUUGGAGGAAGCCGGAAGUGCAUCGGCCAGGGUCCGUCUGGGCGUUGCGGGUUUGGGGCCUGGGAUCGUUUGGCCCGGGCAGCUAAGAAGCCUGUGACCCGGCGGAGCGGCGCCAUCCCAGCCCUGAGGCCUGCUGACCGACAGGCUCUGCGCGCCCCGCUGAGGUCGGCGGCCACCACCAACGACCGCAGAGCUACAGCGGGCAGCCCCGGGCAUGUAUGCCCCUGGAGGUGCCGGGCUGCCGGGAGGGCGCCGGCGGAGAAGCCCGGGAAGCAGCGCUCUUCCCAAGCAGCCGGAGCGGAGCCUGGCCUCGGCCCUGCCUGGCGCCCUGUCCAUCACAGCGUUGUGCACUGCCCUCGCGGAGCCCGCUUGGUUGCACAUCCAUGGAGGCACCUGUUCCCGCCAGGAGCUGGGGGUCUCGGACGUGCUGGGCUAUGUAAACCCGGAUCUGCUAAAAGAUUUCUGCAUGAACCCCCAGACAGUGCUGCUCCUGAGGGUCAUCGCUGCUUUCUGCUUCCUGGGCAUCCUGUGUAGUCUCUCUGCAUUCCUUUUGGAUGUCUUUGGGCCCAAGCAUCCAGCUCUGAAGAUUACUCGUCGGUAUGCCUUUGCUCACAUCCUCACUGUCCUACAGUGUGCUACCGUCAUUGGCUUUUCCUAUUGGGCUUCUGAGCUCAUCCUGGCCCAGCAGCAACAGCAUAAGAAGUACCACGGCUCCCAAGUCUAUGUCACCUUUGCUGUUAGCUUCUACUUAGUGGCAGGAGCUGGCGGAGCCUCAAUCCUGGCUACUGCAGCUAACCUCCUGCGCCACUAUCCAACAGAGGAAGAAGAACAAGCACUGGAGCUACUCUCUGAGAUGGAGGAGAAUGACCCCUACCCAGCAGAGUAUGAGGUCAUCAACCAAUUCCAGCCACCCCCUGCCUAUACACCCUAAUGCCAGCCGGGGCUCUCUUCCUCAGCAGCCCUUCCCCCAGUGCCACAGCUCCUCUUACACCCAGAGGAGCCACUUCCCCCAGCAGGUCUCACCGGUAGGACCCUGACCAUCUUCACCAAAUCUUCCCCAGGAGACACUCUGCCUUUAGGUUUGUCCAUGCGUCCCUGCUCUGCAGAGCCGGGACUCUGAUUUCAUAUAAUGUACUCUUUCCCCUCCCAGUACCCUCUGCUCCUUUCCUAUUCACUAGCUCCUUCCAAGCAGGGAUGGUCAGAUACGUCUCCUCUCUCUGUGGGCCAUGUCUCUGGGACUGGGACUUUCCUUGGGUUGCUGCUGGUAGUGGUCAGUCCCUGAGAGAGGUACCAACAGAGCACAAGGGGAAGGGACUAUGCCAUGCAAGUUCACUUUGCCAGGCCCAGCAUUUGUGCCACUUGUGUAUCUCUGGGCUGACCCUCAUUCCUUCUAGAGUGCCCAGGCCCAGCUGUCCACAUUGUGGAUUCUCUGCACUUUAGUCUCCAGGCACUCCUCAUACAUGUUCUGGUUUUCUGGAGAGAAGGAAUCACUGCUGGGGAGCAAUGCAACUGUUCUCCUGCCCUGCCCUGGCUUCCUGUGGUUAGAACCAGGCAAGGAAGCAGAACCAGACAAGAGACUGCUCCUAUAAAGGACCCCAGUGAAGGGGACUGAGUGCCCUAGCCCCUUCACCGUUUAAUGUGAGUGGUUUUGAAAGGAAAAAACAAAACCAAGCAAUAGCAGCCAUACUCUUUCUAAAAUAGGGAUAAGGCUGUUGUUGUUCAGAAAUGUAGCCCAUCCCUUAUGGCUCUGCAAUAUUUUGGACCAUAGCACCCUCUGAGCCUAUAGUCACGCCUUCCCAGUUUCCAACAGAAUGCAGGCUUUCUGUCCUGGCUCCUUCUUCCAGGCAGCUGUGACUCCCUGGGGCCUUUCUGUGGAACUAGGGCCACAUGGCCCCCACGGGGCUGAGAACUAUGGCCUGCUGGCUGGCCAGCGUGGUGCUCCUCAGAACUAUGGCACUGAGAUGUAACCUGGCCUCAGUUCAGGGACAGGGGCCAAGCAGGGCAGGACCCUCCACUCUCCACAUAGGUACUCCACCCAGAGGCCCACCAGGUUGGUGUCAGGGCCCUGUCAGAUGUGCAGGCCUGGCUGUAGCCUUCAGAGUCAAUGUGGCCCUAGACUGUGACUUGGGGCUACAGCUUGCUGCAUGCCCCUCUUCCGUUUUGGAAUGUAUGCUGGUCUUGUGGUGUGCUACUGGGCUGUUACUCUAGGUAUUCUGUUUGCCUUGGGUCCAGUUUUUUUUGGUGGGGGGAGGGGGUGUUGGGUUUUUUUUUUUCCCUGGUGAUCUGGGGCACAAGGUAGGUAAGACCUGAGAGGCCUGCAGCAUGGAUCCAGGUAGGCAAGCUGUUCUUGUUCCGUUAUGAGCAUCUCUGGAGUAAUAGUCUAGUGCUAGCUGAAGGGAAGAUGAAUUCCAAUCUCUUCCCUCCCAUAAGACAACAAACAUUUUGAACAAGAAUGGAGAAUGAAUACAGUUGUUGACCUGUGACUACAAGAAGACUGUCAACUCCCCAUUCUUUGGCCAGAAAGAAUGGUGAAUAUGUGGACAAAUGCCUAUGCAGAUGAAGACCAAGUGUGCCCAUAAGAAAGCAUCUGCUUGGAGUUCCCUGCUGUAAUGCCAAAGUGUGCCCCAGUAUGACUCUCCCAUUCUCCCAGACCCCUCUCGGAGGCAAGAAAGGCUGCCAAGUGAUGCCUGAGCACAAAGUCAAGGAGCUAAAUUAAGGCUACCUUUCUGUGAAGUUCUGAGCUCAUCGUUGGCAGGUUGCUGAAGUGUGUAGCCAGCUCCCUCUAACAUGGCACCUGAGGGAGCAGGCCAGAAGAUUAGGCACCAAACAUGCAUGCCAAAGUGAAUGAGGACUUGAUCCUGUGGACCGUUCCUUGUGAUUUGGAACCCACUUUUUACUAGCUUCCUGUUCCUGGGCCUUUCUUCCUCCUUUCCCUGCCAUUCUGACACUGAUAGUUUGUCAUAUAAAUGUCCCUGGUUGUGUUUCCCCCCCAAGGGGAAAAAUUAAAAGGCAAAACAAAAACCAGGAACUACAAAUAAGAACGCAAAUGCCAGUGGCUGCCUGUCAUUUCUGUUACAAUUCUCCAGAUGUUUGUUUUCUUCCUCCCAGAGAAGCAGAAGGCAUUCACUGACAAAGCUUGUAAUAGGGAGCAAAGUGAGGAGGGACUUGGCAUGCGCCUGCACCACGCACAUUUGGAUCCUUGGGAGCCUCCCACUCCUGGCACCUUUCACAGAGGAAGUUCUCAAAGCCCACAGCUAGAUAUAGUAGGUUGCUCUGCCCCAAAUCUCAACUACAGACCUUGAGCCGCCUCUCUCUCUGCAUGUCCUGAUUAGCUGCAGAAGAGCUAUUUCAGACCUCUGCUGGUACUUACUGGGGAGAAGCCUGAAAAUAAAAAUGAGCAAGACCUGCAGAGUCGCUCUUCCAGGCAGUUGAUGGGUGAUACCUUGAUGGCUACCCACAGUCUUAGUUCAUUCAUUCUCAACCCAUACACUGGACCCCAAGUGUAUGAAAGCAUUUAGGGCUCUCUUUGGGAAAUAUUCCAUUCCUAGCAGGAUGCAUGUCUUUCCUGGAAACUGAUAAUCUUCUCAAUACAUGUUCGUUCGCACACUUAUAUGAAGGGUCCAUUGGAUUAUGCACAAAAUGAAAUUAUGAGCCCCAUGAAAGAAAUAGGGUGCCUGACAAGACCUCUCUCCUAGGAUUGUCUUUCCUUAGCUCAGGAGAUGGACUCAGCCACAAGGAAACAGUGAAAUGAGUCGUCUCCUGGACACUUUGGGAAAUCCUGUGCUAGAAAUGGGAGGCUGGAUCUAACCAGAAAAAUUACCAACGUCUUCCAGGUGGGAAGCUGAUGGAGCUGGGUUGGUGUGUGAGGACAUUUCAGGGAGGGGCUGUUCCCUCUGAGGGAAUGGCAGUAGUGGUCAGGUUGUAGUGUGAAGUGGGAUGCUGAAGGCCUAUCUGAUAUUUCUCAAAACAAUGGGAAGCCAUGGGAGGGUGCUAAAAAAAAAGAUCCAGUUUUAUGGUGAUGUGGAGGGGCUAUUGAUAUUAAGUAAAGUACCUGAGUGUGAAAAUUGGGGGGACAGGUAUACAUCGUGUGGAGGACCCUCAGGCCUGGUAGAAGGAGAGAAUGAUCACUGCCAGGUGCUGGGUUAGAGAGCCCAGGAACUCCAUCCUUGUCAUAUGCACUAGAAGAUGGGAUCAGCCUUGUAGCUCAAGUGUGCCUCAAAAGAGAGCUAUGUUGGAUAAGGAUAGCAGAGAGAGGCCUCUGAAAACACAAAGUGGCUGUUGUAUCUGGAGGAAAGGUCAUUCUCUCUAGAUGACUCCAAAAUCUUCAGCUGGUUUCUUACUCAGAGGUACCUGGGCCAGGACAGUAUGGAAUACAAGGUUCUGUGGGGAGGGAAAAAAAGAACUAAUAAACUUUAUAGCCUUUGUUUUCAAAUAGCCUGUAGUCUUCCUGUGCCUUUCUUGUGGGAGUACCAUUGUAACUAGCUCAGGCAGAACAUACAGAGAAGAUGACUCCAAUCUGGAUGAGUGUGCUUGAAGUGAGACAAACUCUUUGGGGAUAUCAGUUCCUUAUGAGCUGUGGGAAUGCCAGACUUCAGUACUGGAAGAGGGGCUCUUUCUUCAGAAGAGACUCAGAGUAGACUGGCUUGUCCAUUAUACUGAGUGGAAAACCCAAGCCUGGUGAGGUGCCUUUUCCAAAGAUGCUGAAGGGGAGGUAGAGGCCAUCUCUGCCCAAUCAUGUGUCUGAGGGGUUAGUUAAUAAAAGAACUUUCAAA